UAGGAGGUGGCAAGCAGGGCAAUUGCCCGGGGCCCCAUGCCACAAGGGGCUCCAUGAAGCUGAGUUACAUGCGUCAGUCCCACCACCUGGGGCUUGGGCGUCAGCCCUGCUGCUUGGGGCUCGACAUUAGACAAGGCUCACAAGUGAAAAACACACUGAAAUGUAAGUACAAUAUUUAUAUUCCAGCUGAUUUAUUUUAUAACUAUAUGGUCAAAAUGAGAAAGUGAGCAAUUUUUCAGUUAUAGUAUGCUGUGACACUUUUGUGUUUUUAUGUUUGAUUUUGUCAGCAAGCAGUUUUUAAGUGAGGUGAAAUUUGGGGGUAUGCAAGACAAAUCAGCCUCCUGAAAAGGGGACAAUAGUCUGGAAAAGUUGAGAGCCACUGGUCUAGGGGGAACCUAAGCUUCAGCCAGUUUAGCUCUUGUAGACAAAUCAGUGUAGAUUUGAACAGUAGACUUCUCAAACAUCUUCACAGAUUCAAAGAGUUUAAGGGCAGAAGAGAUGUUAGAUGAGCCAGUCCAACCUCCUGUAUAGCACAGGCCUUAAAUUUCACCUCCGCCCCCAUAUUGAGCUCAAUAACUUGUGUUUGGCUAAAGCAUCUCUUUCAGAUGUGAAGACAUCAAGAAACAGAGAAACCACUAUUUCCCUUUUGUUUGUUCCAAUGAUUACCCACCCUCAGUGUUAAAAUAUUGCCUUAUAUCUAAUUGGAAUUUGUCUGGCUUCAGUUUUCUCCCAGAAGGUUAGAGAGCACCUCUUUAAAUCCUAGACUAGACAAGGUGUAAGAGUGGGUGUGAUUUGAGAUGGUUCAUUAGAACAAUUAGGCCACUUGUCCAGCUGACAAGCCAUGAGUUCUCCCUCCUUCGGGGAACAGGAGCCAGUGUUUCCAAUCUGAGAACAAGCUUCAAAUGACUCUGGCACCAGUUUAGCUAAAUGGGCACAAACACCUGUGUGGAUGCUCUUAUUUCUGUGGUUUAUUUCAGCAUUGUUUAAAUCUGCUCAUAACUGAAGUAAGCUAAAUUGAAAUAAGAGCGUCCACACCAGCCUUUUCACCGGUGUAACUAAAUUGGUUUAAAAUCCCACCUGAAGUUGAACAGGUCCACCACUUCAUGACAACAAUCCCUUUUCUGGUUUCUAGGCUUGUGUCAGCUGCCUCCAGUGAGCACCAUGGUGGAAGAGAUCAACGAGGCGAAGAAAAACAAAAUUCGCUGCACAGCAUGGUCCAGAGGGUGGCAAUCAUUGGAGCUGGGUCCAGUGGACUGGCCUCCAUCAAGUGCUGUCUGGAUGAGGGGCUGGAGCCCACCUGCUUUGAGCAAAGUCAUGACAUCGGGGGCCUCUGGAGGUUCACAGAAGCUGGGAGGAUCAGCGUCUACAGAUCGGUGAUAACCAACACGUCCAAGGAGAUGAUGUGUUUCAGCGACUUCCCCUUCCCAGAGGAUUUCCCCAACUACAUGCACCACUCCAGGCUCCUGGAGUAUUUCAGAAUGUACGCCGAGCACUUCAGCCUUCUCAGAUACAUACGUUUCAAGACCACAGUUCACAGUGUAAGGAAACGCCCAGAUUUCUCCACCACUGGCCAGUGGGAUGUUGUCACCGAGACUGAUGGGACGGUUGAGUCGGCCAUUUUUGACGCUGUUAUGGUUUGCAGUGGCCACUAUGCAGAGCCCCAUUUACCACUGGAUUCUUUCCCUGGUAUAGAAAAUCGCUUUAGAGGCCAGUAUCUCCACAGCUGGGAAUACAAAGACUCUGCCAGUUUCCAGGGGAAGAGAGUCCUUGUGCUCGGUGUUGGGAAUUCUGGAGGAGAUAUCGCCGCGGAGAUCAGUCGGGUGGCUGCUCAGGUGUUUCUCAGCACCAGAAGUGGCACGUGGGUGAUUAGUCGUAUUUCAGACCAUGGCUUUCCUCUUGACAUGAUGCUCACCACUCGCUUUCACAACUGUCUCGAAAACUUCCUCCCAUUAGCCCUCAUGAGACUGCUGAGGAUGAAGAAGUUCAAUACGUGGUUUGACCAUGCAAAUUAUGGUUUGAUUCCUCAGAAAAGUCCAAACCUAAGCUUAAUUGUGAAUGACGAGCUGCCAAGCUGCAUCCUCUGCGGUGCUGUUGUGGUAAAACCAAAUGUGAAGGAGUUUACAGAAAGCUCAGCUGUCUUUGAAGAUGGGACCGUAGAGGAGAACAUCGACGUGGUGGUCUUUGCGACCGGAUACACUUUCUCUUUUCCCUUCCUUGAAGAGUCUGUUCGCAACAUCUGCAGAAGCAAGUAUGCCCUUUACAAAUACAUCUUCCCACCCGCUCUGGAAAAGCCGACUCUGGUUGUCCUUGGCCUUAUACAGCUAAGUGGCUCCAUCAUGGCAGGAACGGAACUCCAGGCUCGUUGGGCCACAAGGGUCUUUAAAGGGUUGAACCAGCUUCCUACUGCCAGCAGGCUGAUGGCUGAAGUUGCCAAGAAGCAGCAGCAUCUAAUCAAACAGGGUCUUUCCAACAAGGAGAGCAAAAUCAUAUUGAGUUACAUUGGCUACAUGGAUGAAAUUGCAUCAUGUGUUGGUGUAAAACCCAACAUACUGCUGCUAUUCCUGAAGGAUCCCAAGCUGGCCCUGGAAGUUUUCUUUGGGCCAUGCACCCCUUGCCAGUAUCGCCUGGCUGGACCAGGAAAAUGGGUAGGAGCCAGAAACACCAUCCUGACCCAGUGGCACCGGACUCUGAAGCCCCUGAGAACUCGAGUCAUUGAUGAUUCUUCCAAUCACUCUUCCGUUUUCCAUUUGCUUACAAUUCUUGGCCUUCCUGCACUCCUUUGUGCUGGUUUAUUUAUUUGUAAAUAUUCCCCUCAACUGUGGUUCCCUGGGGUAAGAUUAGGUGCUAUUCCCAUAUGUAAAAUGGGCUUUAUGAAAGGAGGGCUCUGAGUAGCUGGUGAAGGUUCUAAAAUGUGCUGCUAGAAGACAAUAACUUCAAUGACUGGAACCAUUCACCAGUUUCCAGAAAAAUUCAGACUCUUCCGCCCAGCUCAUCCCAAUCAGAUUGACACCGGAAACCACCUCUGGCCUUGACACUUUGAGAAUAUACACCCUUGCUCUCCAGCUAAUAUGAAGUUGGUCCUGAGAUCAACCGCUGGCUGAGGAAGCCCUGACAAUGCAGAACCAGAGAGCAACAGAGACUAUAGAGAUUACCAACUCAAUCAAUGCCUCAGAUUAUUACAGCUGAGAUGUCAGAUGUUUCAUUUGUCUUUCACCAUUGACCCUACCUGUUUACUGAUUGCAUAUUGUUUGUCUUGAAUUAUGAAAAUAGACUAGUCAGCUGCUCUUUUGUACAGAGAGAAGUUGUAUAGACAAGUUUCUAAUCACUUUCAUUUUCUGAUUCUUUCCCAUUUUGUGCUUGCUACCGGGUGUAGUGCUUACCUUAGCAGAUGAGCCACACUUCCUGGUGCCCUGCACCUUAUGUAGUUAUUUCCAACAAAUAAUUAUCUUGACUCAGACCCCACUCACCGUCAACCUGGGUUUGAUUUACCACAAAGGCAAUGGAGCCUUCUGAAUUGGUUUUGUACCGGACAUGGAAUUUGUGCUGCAGCGGAAUUUCGGUGGCAUUUUAGAGACAGCCCAUUAUGUCAAUAUGGGCAUCCACAAACCAUGAUAUAUAUUGUUUAGGACUGCCAAAUGACUCAACUUCCUGGAGGUCUUCGUGCCUUGAACAUCAUCAAUAAGAACACUGUGGCUUGGCUCAAUCAGAUUGCAUAUGCAAAAUAAAUAAAUAAAUAAAAUUUCCAACAAUACAA